GGCGAAGAUUGCUUUGUGGGGAUGCGUCCUUUGGGAAUGGAUGAUGCUAUCUACGGAUGGGUGCCUGUGCUCACGUAAUGCCACAUCAGCGCUCGGGGAAGUCGAACCGGUUAUAGUCAGAAAUGCGCGGCAGGUGAAAAGAGGUGUCUUACCCACAACUAUGAAUGAAGCUUAUGCUGGUAUACUCCAAACGCUUCGAAAAUUGGCCUACCAUGUCUCUAGGCACCUAGAACUCUGGAAUCGCCCUGAGUCCAAAUCCCAAUUUGUCGGCUGUCUCCCAGCCGGUUGAUAUCAAUUGUCCGGUUUCUCUUGGAGCACAUUGAGUCUCACUUCGUUGGGCGGCAUCCUGAGCGCGCGUCGUGUUCUUUUGGGCUCUGGGAUAACCAUGUCCCAUUGGAGCUCACAGGGGCACAAAGAAUGGGCUAAGCCACGUAUGGUACAUAUGAAGUUCCUGGGUAAGCUUUGUCCGUUGGUGUACUUUUCUUCCUCGCUAUCAUCCCUGCAAACAGUUUGUGCGUCGCAGGAUGUCAAAUCUCGACAUCGAUGUACGUGGCUCGCUGGGUGUCAUCCUUAUUGGAGGGUUAGGAGCUACGGCUCUAUCGGGGGCAAUCGCCGUAUUGACAUUUCUGUAUUUUAGAACGUAUCCAGACGAUCGCUUUCACACAAAAGCAUUGAUCUUUGCUAACCGUCGCGGUUCUCGUAGGGCGAUUGACGCGGUACAUACUUGCUUGAUAAAUGUUUCGAGCUGGCAUGGCCUCGUCUCCCAUUUUGGCGACCCGAACAUGAAAGAUUUUAUCCCAACGUACCUUUCAAUUCUAUUUACGUGCUUCGCCAGCUAUUCAGUUCAUUGUUUUUAUUCCUACGCGAUGUGGAAGAUCAGUGAAAAGUGGUAUUUGACUGCGCCCUUGAUGUUCAUGGCUACGCUGCGUCUUGCUUUGGGUUUUAGUAAGCCAGCACCGCACUCCAUUAUCCUGAAUGAUACAAGCAGAAAUUCACGAAUCCAUGGUCGGUCAGACUCCACAAUCAGAACUAUCCAGCUGAACAGCUGGCACCUGUUCAUUACUCGUUAUGUUUGGUCGAUCACUUCGGCAUAUUCUCUUUCUGCUGCCAUAGACAUCUACCUCUCAAUAACGCUCACGUACUUCUUGCGCGUACACCGAAAGCGCAUUGGCAUGCUUGGGACGAACAAGAUUUUGGAUAGAAUCAUGCUCAAUACCCUGAACAAUGGGGUGAUCACUUGCACCGCUGCUCUGAUGUCGCUGAUUAGUUGGUUCGCGUUUAGAGGGACAUUGAUCUUCCUUGGGACCCACUUCCUCAUAGGCAAAUUCUACACAAUAUCCGUAAUCUCUACGCUUGUCAUGCGCCGCUUCCUGCGCGAGAAGUACAACCGACACACCUUCGUCAGCGGUGCGAAUCGCUUACAAUAUGGCCCCGGUUCUCCGCGUUUAUUCGAAUAUACUGUAGCGAGCUCGGUUGAUGCUGUACAAACUCCAGACAGCGCGAGGACAUUUGUUAUCACUGCUCCGCCCAAAGCCAGCGUGGAGAAAAUUCAAUAUGAUGAACUUGGAAGGCCAAUCGUGGGUGCAAGGAACGACAACGUUUUUCAACCGCUCGAAAUUGCUUGAAAUUUCUCAAGCUGACUUGCGACUCCAGUAUUUCCGCCCCGGAUGAUUUCCAUUUUCAGCCACACGAGAUCUCUUCUCGAUGGAUCUAAGUAGUAGUUCAAGCGUGUUAAUUCCGCCCUGCUGUGUUUCUGUACGCUUUCGUUCAGUUCUCUUUUGAUAUACAAGACAGACCCGUCUUGAACAGCUCUUUUUCGCCUCUUGGUAUCGGGCAUACAGUAACCACCCAGCCAGUCCUUCGACGAACAUUCCACUGUACCUGUUUAUGUUUUUUUACAGUUAGUAUAGUAGCACGGUGUACUGGGCCGUGCAAAGUAAAAUGUGAAUUAU